CCGAGCCCCCGCAGGACCGAGUCUCCCAGACCCGUCGCUCCGCACGCCGCGCGGCUUCCGCCGCGGCCCCCGCUUCCUCCUCGCGCGUGUGGUGCGGCGGGCUCUCUAGGCCGGCGCGUCUCUAUGGCCGCAGGGGCGUCAGUUCCGCAGACUCUCUCGGCACCAUGGCUCCGGCGAGAGAAAACGUCAGUUUAUUCUUCAAGCUGUACUGCUUGACGGUGAUGACUCUCGUGGCUGCAGCUUAUACCGUAGCUUUGAGAUACACAAGGACAGUAGCGGAAGAACUCUACUUCUCCACCACCGCCGUGUGUGUCACCGAGGUCAUAAAGUUACUGAUAAGUGUUGGCCUGUUAGCUAAAGAAACUGGCAGUUUGGGUAGAUUUAAAGCCUCAUUAAGUGAAAACGUCUUGGGGAGCCCCAAGGAACUGGCGAAGUUGAGUGUGCCAUCACUGGUGUAUGCUGUGCAGAACAACAUGGCUUUUCUAGCUCUCAGUAAUCUGGAUGCAGCAGUGUACCAGGUGACCUAUCAACUGAAGAUUCCCUGCACUGCUUUAUGUACUGUUUUAAUGUUAAAUCGAACACUCAGCAAAUUACAGUGGAUUUCAGUUUUCAUGCUAUGUGGUGGGGUCACACUCGUACAGUGGGAACCAGCCCGAGCUACAAAAGUCGUGGUAACACAGAAUCCACUGUUAGGCUUUGUUGCUAUAGCUAUUGCUGUAUUGUGCUCUGGAUUUGCAGGAGUUUAUUUUGAAAAAGUUUUAAAGAGUUCAGACACUUCCCUUUGGGUGAGAAACAUUCAGAUGUACCUGUCAGGGAUUGCUGUGACGUUAGCUGGUACCUACUUGUCAGAUGGAGCUGAAAUUAAAGAAAAAGGAUUCUUCUAUGGCUACACGUAUUACGUCUGGUUUGUUAUCUUCCUUGCUAGUGUGGGAGGCCUCUACACAUCUGUGGUGGUGAAGUAUACAGACAACAUCAUGAAAGGCUUCUCUGCGGCCGCAGCCAUUGUUCUUUCUACCAUUGCUUCAGUCCUACUGUUUGGAUUACAGAUAACACUUUCAUUUGCACUGGGAGCUCUUCUUGUAUGUGUUUCCAUAUAUCUCUAUGGGUUACCCAGACAAGAUACUACAUCCAUUCAACAAGAAGCAACUUCAAAAGAGAGAAUCAUUGGUGUGUGAUUUGAAUCUCAAGGGAUUCCUAUAAGGACUUAAACUGUUGAUAAUAAAUUAGAGCCUUAAGUCAACCCCAGAUGGUAGCUUAAACAGUGUCAACAAAAUAAUUGUAUGACAUAAGAAUCAAGAAGAAAACUCUGAAUGAAAUGCUAAAACAGAUUUAA